UUAUAAAUUAGUAGAACAGUUAUUAUUGAGCUUUGAGAUUAAUUUAUUGUUCAAAGAAAUAGGUACUUAUCCAAAUAGUAUGACUUUAAAUAUAGGGUUAUACUUAUAAGUUUAUAACAUAUUAUAAGAAUAAAUAAUUUUUUUUUUUUAAAUGGCUCAAUUGGAUAAAAUUGUGGCAGCAUAUUGUGUGACCGCACAAUAUCCGGAAUUAAUAUCUGCUAGAAUAUUUGAUUGCUCAAAAGCUUCUGUUAGUGUUCAUUCUAUUUGGGUUCAAAAGGUUUUGGAAAGACAAACUACAACCAGGUUCCGGCAAACAGUUUUUUCAGAUUAUAAGACUUAUACUUUAACAUCACCACCAACUGAUAUAACAAACGAGUUGAUAAGUGCACACUCAAAAUCAAACAAGUAUUUUUGUGUGGUCAGACAAGUGGAAUCUGGAAACAAAAUCAAACAGUACUUAGAAGUAUGGAGUGAUUGUUCUCUAGUGAAAAAUUACGACUUAAGCACAUUAGAUGUGCAUGGAAAAAUUUAUGCUGAUGGUGAAUUUGGAACUUUAGAGUGGUCUCCUGAUGAAACAAAAAUUGUUUAUAUUGCUGAAAAAAAAGUCCCAAAGUCUGAACCGUUUUAUAAACAAAAAUCAAAAGCAUUGGUAGAUAAAGAUGGUAUUCAUAAUGACACUAUGCCGGUAGACCUAGGUAAAGAAUAUGAUUGGAGCCAAGAUUGGGGUGAACAAAUGGUUGGAAAGAUUACUCCAGUUUUGGUUGUGUGUGAUAUAAAAACAGAUAGUAUAGAUGUUCUUCCAAAUAUCCCAAAUGAUGUUCAUCCUGCAACUGCAACAUGGAUACCUGAUAGUAAAGGAGUUGUGGCAAUUGGACAUUCAAUCACAUCACAUAAAUUGGGUCUAAUUUACUGUAAUAAUAGUCAUAGCCAUGUAUUUUCUCUCACAUUAGAUGGACAAUAUGAUGUGCUGAGUUCUGAUUCAGAACAAUUGUGUGUGAGAUAUCCUAGGUUCAAUUUGAAUGGCACAAGGCUUGUGUGGUUAGAACGCCAAGGAGGUGGACCACAUAGUUCAUGUUUUAAAUUGAUAUGUUACAACUGGUCUACAAAAGAGAUUACUACAGUUGUUGAUUAUUAUAAUAAAAUACUUCAAGUCGACAAUGAACAAUUACCAUUCUAUGGCCUAUAUGAUCAGGCAAUACCAAAAAAAUGUUGGUUGAAUGAUGAUAAAACCAUCGUAUUGAGCACUCCUCAAGGUGGUUCAAUACAUACAUUUGCUAUUGAUACUGAGUCCAAAGAUAUUCAUUAUCUUUCAAUCACUAAACCGUUUCAUGAAAGUGUUAGUGUUAUAGAUGUUUGCAAUGAUGCUUUAGUUUGUUAUAAGUCAUCGCUUAAUAAACCUGGACAAUUAUUUGCUAUCAAAAUACCUUCUGUGUUUGAAGGGUAUGAUUUUACCAAUAUUUCUAUUCAUGAGAUUUCACCAUCUCGUAGUCUUCCUAAUAGUAACAACUUUGUUGUUGAACAUGGUUAUACUCUUUACAAUAAACCUACCACAAUUUUCUAUGGACCAAAAAAUAGUAAUUGUCCUUUAAUUAUAUGGCCUCAUGGUGGCCCUCAUUUAUCAUCUUUAGACUCUUUCAGAGCAGAUAUUGCAUUCUUUGUUCAAAUAGGUUUUGCUGUAUUAUUUGUCAAUUUUAGAGGAUCGACAGGUUUAGGUAAAGAUUAUGUUGAAUCUUUAAUUGGUAAUAUAGGCGAUGCUGAUGUCAAAGAUGUUUAUAAUGCACUUCAGUCUAAUUCAUCAUGGUCCAAUAGAGAAUUGGUGUUAUUUGGUGGAUCACAUGGUGGAUUUUUGGUUACACAUUUAAGUGGACAGUAUCCAUCUGCGUUUAAAGCAGUAUGUGCACUGAAUCCUGUUACUGAUUUGAUCACUAUGUUUGGAACAACUGAUAUUCCUGAUUGGGUUAUUACAGAAGCUGGUUAUAAUUUUUCUGAAGUAGAUAAUUUGGUAAAUUCCAAAGACAUUGUUAUGAAAUUAGCAGAUUGUUCACCAUGCAAAAAUGUUCAUAAAGUUCAAGCUCCUACACUUUUAUUACUUGGAGAAAAAGAUCUACGAGUUCAUCCAUGCCUGGGUCUGGCAUAUUACCAUCUUCUUAAGAAGCACGGUGUUACAGCUAGAGUGUUGAUGUACAAUGAUUGUCAUUCAUUAAGUACUGUUGCUGCUGACAUGGACAGUUUGAUAAAUGCGGCAUUAUGGUUUAUCAAAUAUUUAAACAGUGAUUUUGAAAAAUCAAUUAUUAAAUAAAUAAUUAUUCCUAAUUAAUUGAAAAAUA